UGUCCGGGGCCGCGGGUUGCCGGCAUGUGGUCCGCGGGGUUGGCGCGGCUGCAUGGGCUCUUCGCAGCCUACAAGCCCCCGGGGCUCAAAUGGGAGCAUCUGCGUGAUACCGUGGAGCUUCAGCUUCUGAAGGGUCUCAAUGCGGGAAAGCCUCCUGCCCCUGAACAGCGUGUUCGCUUCCUACUGGGCCCCGCGGACGGCAGCGAGGAGAAGGAGCUGACCCUUACGGCCACCAGUGUGCCCACUCUCACCAACCACCCGCUGGUAUGUGGACCAGCAUUCACAAGCCUGAAGAUUGGUGUGGGCCACCGGCUGGAUGUCCAAGCCUCAGGGGUGCUUGUGCUCGGCGUGGGACAUGGACGUAGGCUCCUUACCGACAUGUACAAUGCUCAUCUCACCAAGGAUUACACGGUGCGUGGCCUCCUGGGUAAAGCCGCAGAUGAUUUUUGUGAGGACGGGAAACUGGUAGAGAAGAGCACAUAUGACCAUGUGACCAGAGAGAAGCUGGAUCGAAUCCUGGCCCUGAUCCAAGGCUCCCAUCAGAAGGCCCUGGUGAACUAUUCCAACCUUGACCUGAAGACCCAGGAGGCCUAUGAGAUGGCUGUGACAGGCUCGAUCCGUCCCAUGAACAAGUCCCCGAUGCUGGUAACUGGUAUCCGCUGCCUCCACUUUGCACCUCCAGAAUUCCUCUUGGAGGUGCAGUGUAUGCAUGAGACUCAGAAGAACCUGCGAAAGCUGGUGCAUGAAAUUGGCCUGGAAUUGAAGACCACUGCUGUGUGCUCCCAGGUGCGUCGCACACGUGAUGGCUUUUUCACACUGGACGAUGCCCUCCUGAGGACCCAGUGGGAUCUGUAUAGCAUCCAGGAUGCCAUCCAGGCUGCAGCCCCCCGAGUGGCAGCAGAACUGAAGAAGAGCUUGAGUCUGGAGCUGGGCACCCAGCAGCUUCCCAACUCAGACCUCUCCCACGAGUCCAAGGGCCAGACUCUGCCUUGAGGCUACAGAGCUCAGUGGGCAGUGAAAGGCAAGGCAGCUGGUGGGGCAGCAGGUGGGUAAAUAGAAGGACUAUGAUCCAGAACUAAUGACUGUGUUGAACAUGAGAAGCUUGUUUACAUAUGAUAGAACUCUGAAGCUGUCAAAGAUUGGCACAAUUAACCCAGCUUUAAAAGAAAAACUUCUGGGGCCAGACGGUGGCGCACCUGAUUAAGUGCACACACUACAGUGCUUUAAGGACUCGGGGUCAAGCCCCUGGUCCCCACCUGCAAGGGGAAAGCUUCACAGGUGGUAAGCAGAGCUGUAGGUGUCUGUCUCUCUCUAUUUCCACUUCUGCUCUCAAUUUCUCUCUGUCUCUAUCCAAUAAUAAAUAAAGUAAUAAUAAUAAUAAAAGAAAAACUUCUGUAUGGAAGAAAAGAUAAUAAACGACAGACUGAAAAAAUUAUUUGCAAUAUAGGGCCAGGUGGUGGCGCACCUGGUUGAACUCACAUGUUACAGUGCACAAGGACCCAGGUUCGAGCCCCUGGCCCCCACCUGCAGGGGGAAAGCUUCACAAGUGGUGAAGCAGUGCUGCAGGUAUCUGUCUCUCUCCCUCUCUAUCACCCCCUUCCCUCUCAAUUUCUGACAGUCUUUAUCCAACAAAUAAAGAAAAAAGAUUAAAAAAA